AUGUCGGACCCGCCCCAGAAGCCGCCGAUUGUCCUGGCAAUCCGAAAUGAUGAGCCACUCCCGGUCAUCCCUAUCGGAAGUCGCGACAAACCCAAAGACUUGCGCGAUGCCAGCGAGUCCGCUCAUCAGGUAGAGCUGCCAAAGGCUCUGACACGCACCCAGCCCGACUACUAUACCGACGUCGCCGAUCACUUUCUGGACACGGCCAACUUUGAGGAGCUGGCUGGCCUAGAACUUGCCAGACCGGAUCCUUCCAUCGUGUUCCACAGGAACGAGUCUGACGUCGCCAGAUCAAUUGAGCAUUCGAUUAAUCGAGAGGUCGCGUUGGUGCUUCUCGGAGGCCACGCAAAGGGAACACUCACAAUGGACAGCACCACCCAGACCUACAAGAAGAUCAUCAUCCCUGACCCCCAGCCCUACGAGCCGAUGUCCAUCACAGCAAUCCCCGACUGGACCGCCGCGUGUGUAUACACGUCGCCCGAGCCCGGCAAAGCUCAGGUUUCGUCCCACCUCGUCUUGGAGUACCAAGACAAUGGCUUGAUCUUUGGCGAAAACCUUGCCUUCCAUUACCUGCUUAGGUAA